ACAAUAGACAUACAGAACAACUGCGGUGAAACACACAGACACCACUAUGCAAGAUCAAGAAUAAAAUCCAUUCAAAACAGAACAGGUCCAGGGGGGUGUCUUUCUUUAUGCCGGAUGCGAUGCGAUACGAUGUGCAUGUUCUUUUGUUUCUUCCUCGGCGAAGCAGAACCCCUCAGUUCGAAGGUCGACAAUCCGAGGCUAGCUUGGAAAUUGACUCUGAUUUGAUGGGGUUGUUCCAGCAUCUGCCAGUGGGAUCCAUUGCAUUUUUAUUGUUCUUUCCGGGGCUGGUGACGGUGGGUGGGUAUAGCUACGUCGAGGCCAUUAUUUGCAGGUGCUUUUGCGUUACGGGCACUGGUCUGGUGGUCGUUUGGGUUGGCUAUGGCUAUAUUUAUUGCCGCAUUAUUUCCCCGUGCUGUCAAGGCUUGACCAUGGUAUCUGUUAUGGAGGUUAUUGCCGGACACCACGGAAGAUGUUCUUACUUCCUGCUUCUGUAUAUACUGGGAAGGCUACUAUUGUCUCAUGCUUCCUUCAACGCAUACCGGUGGCAACGUACUUUUGUCUUAACAUAGCAUCUUAUGUCGAUCUACAGACUCUAAAAUACGAUUAUCUAUCGACUGAAUUCUACUCUGUGCGCACUUUUGAGAAGACUCCUGCAUGAAGAGGCAAUGUUUGCAUAAUUUGCAUCACUUUCUGCAGCCACUAACUAGCCACACCACGUGACAAUACACUUCUUGGCGUUCUUCAGCGUUCAGUUUCAUCAUCGCCCAA